AUGCCGCCUAAACCCACGUCAACUGGUGGUAAGGCCCCAGCUUCUGCUGCUGCCACUAAAGCCCCUAUCAAAACCACCGAGGGUACUGCUAAAGCUGCGAAGAAGACCGCUAAGACUGCCACAGCCCCAGCUGCUGGAGAGGAAAAAAAGAAGCGGAAGAAAGUCCGCAAGGAGACUUACUCUUCUUACGUCUACAAGGUGCUCAAGCAGGUACACCCAGACACUGGCAUAUCUAAUAAAGCCAUGGCCAUAUUGAACUCGUUUGUCAACGACAUUUUCGAACGCAUUGCUACGGAAGCUUCGAAACUCGCUGCAUAUUCCAAGAAAUCGACAAUUUCAUCCCGUGAGAUACAGACGGCAGUCCGUCUCAUACUUCCCGGAGAGCUUGCCAAGCAUGCUAUCUCUGAGGGCACAAAAUCCGUGACCAAGUUCUCGAGCUCUGGCGGCAAGUGA